AUGGAACGGAGACUUUGGGUCGGCAACUUACAACUGCAGGGAAGCUUCUCACUUGUUCUCCGUUUACUCGACUUACGGAGACUUUCAGUCGUCGGCAAAGCGGCAGCUUUGCCAUCUCUCUCAGUUUACUUGACUUACAGAGACUUUCAGUCGUCGGCUACGAGGCAGAUUCGCCUUCUCUCUACGCUGGACGUGGCCAUUUGCGGCUUAAAUUCUUUCUCAUCCGAUCUCUGUAUCAGUUGUUCUGCUCUCUCUACCUCAAUCGUCGCUGCGAUGGAGGGAUAUUUUGCUGGUCCAAUCAUGGAUAAGAUCAUCAACACUUGCUUUGAAUACCUUGAAGACUACCUUAAAGAUCAAGUCGGAUGGCAGACGGGCCUGAAGAAGGAACUGGAAAGGCUGCGAGAGAACCACCCCAAAAUCCAAGCUGUCGUCUUUGCCGCUAACCAAGCACAAAUCAGCGAUCAGAACCCUACUUUCAACAAAUGGAUAUGGCAGCUGCGAGAUGCUAUUGAUGAGGCAGAUGAUGUGCUCGAUGAGUUUGAGUACAUGAAGCAUAAACAACAGCUCAUCAAAAACACUGAAGAAACAAAGAAAAGAAAGUUCGUGAGCUUCCUAUUUGAAAGUCCUCGUAAAAUUUUCAAAAUUGGCGAACGUGUUCUCAAAAUGGAUCCCAACUUGAAGCGACUGGAGGACGCUGUGCAGAAACUUGAUAAAGUUUCGGCUGAUGUUACUACUUUCCUUUAUCUUUUAAACAGCGCGAAGCAGGAACAGAAGGAGCAGGAGGUUGAUUUCUACAAAACACGUGAAACAGGAUCUUUGCCUAAAAAUGAUCUCAUCGGGCGGAGCAAGGAGAAGGAGCUUGUUAUGGAGUGGCUGAGGAAUCCAUCAAAUGACUAUCAAACAACUGAUUUGUACAGAAACAUUUCUCAGCUAUGCAUAGUGGGCCAUGGUGGUAUGGGGAAGACAACCCUCUUGCAACAUGUUUAUAAAGAUGAAAUUACAAAGGAAUUUGAUCGUCAAAUGUGGGUUUGUGUUUCCAACAACUUUGAUGUGAAGAAACUCAUUGCAGAUAUGUUGCAAUCUCUUAAGAUGGAGAGGCCUCGUUGUGACACACUUGAUGCACUUCAAAAUAGUCUUCGGACUGAGAUUAUGUCCCAAAAGUUCUUACUUGUGCUGGAUGAUAUUUGGGAGGAGGAUGAGGAGAAAGAUAAAAGGAAAUGGGAGGAUGUGCUCGCCCCUCUAGCUUUUGGGGGUUUUGGUAGUAAGAUUCUGGUAACAACUCGAACGGACUCAAUUGCACUGAUGUUUGCAAAGGUAAUUAAAAAGAAGAAAGAAAUAGUUAAAUUAGAGGGCCUAGAGGAAGAUGAGUGUUUGCAGCUCCUCAACUCUCAUGCAUUUGCUGGUGUAGAGAACCCCUCUGAUGAUGAUCAUAAAAAAUUAAGAGCCAUUGCUGGAGAGAUAGUUAAAAAGCUUUCAAGAUCUCCGUUGGCAGCUAAGGUCAUUGGUGGUGUUCUGAAUGACCACUUGGAUGAAAGGCAUUGGAGGACUGUUCUAGAAAGCAAUUUAUUGGAUCAGAAUUCUAUCCAUUCCAUCUUAAGACUGAGCUAUAUAGUUCUCCCAAAUCAUCUACGAAAUUGUUUUGCAUUUUGUUGUAUGUUCCCAGAAGAUCAUCCGUAUGAUAAAGAUGAUUUAGUCCGAAUGUGGAUUGCAUUGGGUUUCAUUCAGCCAUCUUCUAAUCAAAGAGAGACAAUGGAGGAUAUCGGAGGAAGGUAUUUUGAUGUUUUAGUCAAAAAAGCUUUAUUUGACGAGGUCGGAGAUGACUACAAGAUGCAUGAUUUAAUACAUGAGUCAGCAUCUAAAUUUUUUGCACAGGUAUGCAGUAAACUUGUGGAUGAUGAAGUUUCAUCUCUCAAAAUUCCUGAGACUCUUCGACACUUGUUUUUUCGAACUACAAAUCCAAACAUCUUAAAAAAGAUUGAGAAGUUUAAACAUUUGCGCUCUCUUUUCUUGUUCUAUGAAGAUUCUAAUCCGGAGGAUAUUUACAGUGCACUUAUUGAAAUGUUCAAAGCAUCGCAAAGCCUGCGCUUAUUAUACUUACUGUCUCCAGAGGACUUGGAAAUAAUACCUGAGGAGAUUGGAAAUUUGAUACAUCUUCGAUACUUAGGAAUUAAUUGUCAUAAUUUGACUAUGCUGCCAAGAUCUCUAAGUAAUCUCUAUCACUUGCAAUACAUAAUCUAUGGUAAGUAUCAUAAUGAUGCUGAUUUUUUACCAAGUGACAUUAAUAACCUUUCUAACUUGCGUUACAUGGACAAUAAUUGUAUUUCAUCGAUAUGUGGGAUUGGGAAGCUAAAGUAUCUUACAGAACUGAAUAAUUUUGUUGUUAGAGAUGGGAGUGGUUAUAGAAUUGGGGAGCUGGAGAAUAUGAAUGAUCUUCGCAUUUUAGGAAUCUACAACCUUGAAAAUGUUAAGGAUGCCGAGGAGGCUUGUAGCGCCAAAUUAUGUGAAAAGAGGAGGCUCACAAAUUUAACCUUAGAGUGGAAAAACACUGAUUUGAGGAACAUCAAUUUAUAUGAGAAAGUGCUCGACAACCUUCAGCCACCAAAAUGUCUAAGGGAUCUGGAGAUAGAUAGCUACAUGGGUGCAAGGUCUGCUAUAUGGAUGAACAACGUCAAUCUUAUCUCCAAUCUAGAGGUAAUCGAAUUGAGAGAAUGCUUGGAGUGGGAAACUCUUCCACCUUUUGGGCAACUUCCCUUCCUCAAGUCACUGAAACUUGAAAACAUGCCGAAAGUAAAAUGGCUCCAAAGUAAAUAUAAUGGGAAUGAUAAAUACCGUACCUUUCCAUUGCUAGAGGAUUGGUUUGAGCUGCUGAAGAUGGAUGUUGAAGAUGGAUGUUUGUUUCCUUGCUUAAUUGAACUGGAUCUAUAUCACGUUCCUAUGCUUCGGGAAUUACCGAACCUUCCUCCCUCUUUGAAACGUCUAACAAUAUGGGGAUGUCAUCCAGAGUUAUAUGAGCGCUAUCGAAAGGUUGGAGGCUCCGAUCGGCACAAGAUUGCUCACAUUCCGAAUAUCUAUGUUCAUCCCUGAUAAUAGGUCCAACCACUUUGGUAUAUAUCAAGUGUGAAGAAUGCAAUGUCAGCAUGAACAAGUUUGUAUCACUUGAUCGAUGUACGCUUAUGUAUUAUUAGCAGAAACAAAUUAAAGUCUGAUGUAUUAGCUGCUUGUCCACGUGUAAACACAUCAUUGGUUAUGUGUCUCUUAUAUCUGUUCUCCUAAAGGCCUAUAUAAUAGGCUACUGUAUCAUAGUUUAGGAUAUAGAAUAAUAUUUCGUUCUGUAGCUUUACUCU